GCGCGAGCGGAGCGGAGCCGCCAACGGCCGCGCCUCGAGCGGAGCCACCAGCGGAGCGGAGCGAGGGAGCCGCGAGCGCACAGUGGACGGUGGACGGCGGCGGGGACUGCAGGCGGGGAAUGAAUGGCUUUCAGGACAUGCGUUGCACUCUCAAAUGAUAACGUGUCCUGGGUGAGGUACAAGCAGCAUGGAUCAGGAUGAUUUUCCACCCCCACCUCCUGAAGUUUUGGAAAAUGAACUUCCAUACACUGAUGAUGAUGAUGAUGAGGAUGACCAGGAAGAAGGAAAAAAGUUUGAUUUUGACAGCGAUGAAGUACCGGAGGCAGAUCAGGAGCCCAUCUCUGAACAUGGACCUGUGUUCAUACGCGCACAGGAACAGGGACCUCCCCUGGACUUCACACCGGAUCACGUGGCUAUCGAGGCUUUACCUGACAACAAUGGAUAUUAUGAAAUAACAGAAAACAACAUGUUUGCGAAUCGACACGCACACGAUUCAGCUGAAAACCCAGAGGCAAAGACGCAAGGAAAGGACGCAGCUGCCGGACGGCGGAGCUCACCGAAGCAGACUGCAGCCGAGGUGUCGGUCACAAAAGUGAACCCAUAUUCAGUUAUAGAUAUCAGGCCAUUGCAGGGGGCUGAGCAAGUGGAGCUCUCAGGAGCAGAACACGGCUGCCAGGAGGACAAGACAACGGGCCACUUGCCGUCUCCGGGAUAUUGUGUACCAGUUCCCUGUGGGUAUGCUGUGCCAUCCAAUGUACCAAUGCUGAUCCCGACAUAUACGGCACCCGUCACUUUAAUAAGGAAUAUUUCGGUCGACGAGGAAGGUGUAUUUCAAAGUGAAGAAUUUCAAGGCAGUCCUACUCCAUCAAGCACUCAACAGGCCAAUGAAGAUUACCUGGCUUUUGAAACUGGAAACGCCAUUACCAAAUGGGCAUCGGAUCCAGUGAACACGGCAUGGUUGGAGGGUCAGGAUGAAGUGAUUUACGAUGAUGUGCCAAGAGAGAAUUCAGAUGCAUCAGCAACAGAUCCAGAGGAGCUGAUCUAUGACGACGUGGAACAUGGAGACGAAGCGGCAACAAGUUCUCUUGAUUAUGGUUGGAGCUCCAGUGAGUUUGAAAGCUACGAAGAGCAGAGUGAUGGCGAGUCCAAAACGGAAAAUGGAAUUCCCAAUUCGUUUCUCCAAGGCAAAUCGCACAAGAGUAAGAUCCAUCUUUCCCAAGACAUAAGUCGAUUAAAAGAGCAUUACGAGAAGAAGAUGAAGGAAUUGGCAAAUGCUGUUGGAAGUGUGGAACUGCAGCAACUGAAGCAGAAACAGGAGCGGAAGAUGCAACAGUUGAUGAAAGCUGCGAAGGAGGGAACUAAAGAUGGAAUAGAGAAAACCAAAGCCGCUGUUCUUAAGCGAGGCCGCUCGUUUAUCAGACACAGGUAUCAAGAUCACCGGUUGGGGAGCCUGGAUGAAGAGGAACAGAAUCUCUUCAUCGAUGUGGACUGCAAGCACCCGGAGCCAGUAAUGACACCAAUGCCCGAAGGGCUGACACAGCAACAGGUGAUCCGGCGAUAUAUUCUUAGUUCCAUCAUUGAGAGUGAGAAGAAUUACAUGGAUGCAUUGAAGCGAAUUCUGGAGCAAUACAAGAAACCUCUUUCAGAGAUGGACCCUAAACUAUUAAGCGAAAGGAAACUCAAAAUGGUAUUUUACCGAAUUAAGGAGAUCCUCCAGUGCCAUUCCUUGUUCCAGAUUGCGCUAGCCAGCCGCGUGACUGAGUGGGACUCGGUUGAAAUGAUUGGUGAUGUCUUUGUUGCUUCCUUUUCGAAGUCAAUGGUACUUGACGCAUACAGUGAGUAUGUGAACAAUUUUAGCACUGCCAUGGGAAUUCUGAAGAAAGUCUGUGCCACCAAACCUGCCUUUCUGGAAUUUUUGAAAAACUGCCACGAGUCGAGCUCUGAUCGGAUUACUUUCUAUGGCUUGGUGAUGAAGCCAAUUCAACGGUUUCCACAGUUCAUUCUUCUACUCCAGGACAUGCUGAGAAACACCCCGCGGGGACAUCCCGACAGACUCCCUCUCCAGAUGGCACUCACUGAACUGGAAACAUUAGCCGAGAAACUAAACGAGCAGAAGCGGGAAGCAGAUCAGCGAUGUGAAAUGAAACAGAUCGCAAAAGCCAUGAAUGAACGUUACUUGAACAAGCUUCUCCGUAGUGGAAACAGAUACCUCAUAAGGUCGGAUGACAUGAUGGAGACGGUUUACAAUGAAAAAGGAGAGAUGGUGAAAACCAAAGAGCGCCGCCUGUUCAUGCUGAACGAUGUACUCAUGUGUGCCACAGUCAGUUCCCGACCCCAGCAUGACAGCAGCGGUAUGGUAUCCCCUGGAUUGCGGUACCUACUGAAGUGGAGUGUGCCACUGAGGCAGGUCGAAGUGGUCGAGUUUGGGAACAGUGAGGAUCUUGCUGAGAAAAGUCGAUUUAUACCCUCGCAUUCUGGAGAAAAGAUUUUAAUUAGUACAAAGCCAAGCAAGCUCUAUAUGGGACCGUGCCAGCUGUAUCAAGAUCUACAAAAUCUGAUGCAUGAUCUGAGUGUGGUGGGCCAGAUUACGCAGCUUGUCGGUACUUUAAAAGGAAAUUAUCAGAAUUUAAACGUGACUGUGAGCCAGGAUUGGACAGCGGGUCUUCAGAAGCUUAUAUAUAAAAAGGAAGAAGAAAUCAGAGCUGCAGAUCGCUGCCGAAUUCAACUGCAGUUACCUGGAAAACCAGACAAUGAGGAAAUCCAACAACAUCGAUUGGCAGCACUGGGGCACAAAUCCAGUGAAGGUUUAAAUUCCUCAAAGGCGAUGUAUGGGAAUCCUUCUUUCUUCACUGCAGUUUUCAAUACUUUCACUCCAGCAAAUAAACUCUCCUGGAUGAGUAGUUUACAGAUGGCCAAACUGGCCCUUGCUGAGGAAAACCAGCUGGGCUGGUACUGUGCCGAGGAUGACGGGAAAGAAAUAAAGCACCAGAAACGCCCCCUUCUUAUCAGAUACAUGCCUGUCACCAUGUCAAAGCUUCAGGAGUUCAAGGUUGAAUGUGCUGUUCAUAACCCCGAAUGCUGUAAUGCAUCUGAUGCGCCAAACUCAUUCUCCAUGGAACAUGGGUAUUUGUGGAUUGGAAGCUGCACGAAUCAAAUGGGGCAGAUCACCAUCGUCGCACUUCACAACUCCAAUCCGAAAGUCAUCGAAUGCUUCAACGUUGAGUCUCGUAUACUGGCCAUGGCAUAUGUGCCAUGUGAAGACAGACCCAAAGAUGCCAAAGUCUUUCCCAACUCCGAAGCUGCAACUUCAAAAGCCACUGAGAGCCCAACGAUCUGUCUUGGAAUGGAGGAAGGCAGCAUUUCAGUGUACAAGAGCAAUCAAGCAUCGAAGAAAGUAAGACUUCAGCAUUUCUCUGCUCCAGACAAGUCAACGGUGGUGAGCCUGGUCUAUAGGUUUCACUGCCUGUACGCUGGACUUGUCAAUGGAAAUAUCGCAAUCUUUACCAAGGCAGAAGAUGGAUCAUGGAAUGCUGAUUCACCCAAAGUACUGAGGCUAAGUGAUCUGCCAGUCAAAACCAUCCUGGUCAUGGAAGAUACAAUCUGGACUGCUUCUGGGGGACUGGUUUUCAUAAUCAGCACCCAGACUCACACAGUGGAGCAACAGUUCGAGGCUCACCAGGAAGAAGGGAUGGUGAUCUCACAUAUGGCUGUGGCUGGUGUUGGAGUCUGGAUCGCCUUCAGCUCCGGAUCUGCCCUGCGUCUGUUUCACACAGAGACCCUCGAACAUCUUCAGGAUAUCAACAUUGCAACUCCCAUUCAUAACAUGAUACCAGGUCAACAGCGGACGACUGUAACCGGUCUUCUCGUGUGUCACGGUUUACUGCUGGUGGGAACCAACCUCGGGAUUAUUGUAGCAUUGCCAGUUGCACGACUGCAGGGAAUACCUAAAGUUACAGGCAGGGGAAUGGUGUCCUACCACGCUCACUGUGGUCCAGUCAGAUUUCUCACCAUGGCCACUGCCACUACCACAAUAAUGAAUAAAAUCCCGUCACUGACAAUCCUGCCUUUGCCACUGGAAGGGAAGAGUGGAGAAAAGCCUGGCUGCGGCGGGACGCAAACAGAAUGGUUCGACACGGCUAACAAGGACAGUGGGCUGUGGCUUGGAGACUCCGCAGCACCCACUGCACAGCACAGCAACCUGUCUUCACCUACAGCGUCUCCAAGCUGGUCCCACCAAUCCAGUGCACAGGAGCAUGGGCCCGAGGACACUGCACUCUACGAGCUCAUGAAUGACUCCAGUCUCUCCAGCAAAAGUAAAUGCCUCGACAACGGGGGUUUAAAGAAGACGAAGAUGACUUCCGUUUUGGUCAUUUCCGGAGGUCAGGGGGACAAACGGCUCAACAAGAAGUCCAAGCAACGGCAAGACGAAACCAUUUCCACCGUCAUGAUUUGGCAAAUUCCAUUGUUAAACGUGUGACAAGUUCAGGGCACAGUCAGUCUCUUAUCCUGAGAUCCCCAGUCCUGUCGGAGGGGAUGUACCUGUACAUUGUAAAAUUAUGCAUAAAUGAUCUUCCAAUUUUUGAACGGUGCUCUUAUCAUGUCAAGUUGACCACCCAGCAAUGGUUGGUCAUGUUCAAGAGUUCGCAAGGUGUAAAUCUGCCUUUGAACAACUUCAAGAGUCAAGAGUGUUUUAUUGUCACAUGUCCUGAAAGGGAACAAAGAAAUUCUUAGUUGUAGCGACACAACAGAUAUGUAAACAUAGUACAUAUUCUUAUAUUAACGAAUCAGAAAGUUUUAAUACUUUUGUUAUCGAUUCUUUAAAUGCAAUUCCAUGGGCUACUCCUCGGAGGUCUGUUCUGUUCUGGAGAAGAUCACCUGGGGGCUGAUAUUUCCAAAGACAUUUUCUUAAAGUGUCAACUAUGAUCAGGCUUAACACUGAUUCACAGACCACCUCUUCAUUCAUGAAAAGUUUGUGGUCGACUUUUUAAAUCAAUUUUCAGGGACCUUUAAAUCAAUAAGUGAAAUCUGCCAACUGCAAAACACGUAACACCCUAGGAAUAAGGAAGUAUGUGGAAAUUUAAAAAGUUUCAGAUUCAUUUGUUUUCCAGAGUAAAUCAGACUGUUGCAAAAAUUACUAUUAAAAUGUAUAUGUUUUAAAAAGGGUUGUUAAAAUGUUAAAUCUGAUUGGAGCAGCUAAUUAAUUUUUGUAAAACACUUUUUUUAAACACCUUAUCGAAUGCACAUUCUGACCAAUACAGUAAAAUGUACAGUUGUUGUGACAUGAAGUUGCCUUGCAAUCAUCAGAACUAGUGCAUUUAACAUGGAUAAUUAAUUAUUAGUGAGAGAUGCUCAUUGCUAACAGUAGUUUUAUUUCCAGUUACGUCCUUUUGCACAGACGAUUAUUAAAUAUUUAGUUAUUUACAA